CCAAAAGCACGUUCUCCUAAAAGCUGAGAUACUUCCACGCAUACUUCAGUAAAGGUUUACGCUUGCGUUUUUCUGCUAUAUCACCAAGACGCCAGGUUGAUGAGUUUACUGAACGCACUGUUGGGAAAAUUACUGUUACGGAUGGCCCCCAAAUGUCCACCUCCUGGACAAUUUUAGCAAAGCAUCGGUGGCCAGCCCUGACCGCUUGGUCGUUAAGCCGGGGGGACUUGAGCUCGGUCACCGGUCCAAGGUUUCACGCUUGCGCAUUCCAUGACUUAGGAUUCACUGCUUCAGCUAGUUUACAGGAGAGCGCCUUGGAAUCUAGCCUCUUUCUGGUGUACUGGCUGUGGUAUACGUUAGCAUUAUCAGCUGGGACUGCGAGUCAGACUUGUAAGCCAGGCCGCGGUUUACAGAUCGUGGCAGUUUGGCUUUUACUUUCAAGCAUUUUGAAGUUUUUGUUAGGUGUCUGGCUGGAGCGACUGCCCGCCACGCAGGCAUUGCCGCUCGACGGUGUCCUUGCAGCGCGAACAGUUGCAGGUUCACCCAACAAAAGGCACGAUGCCAACAUACAUGCCGUUACAACUUGUCUCUGGAGGCGGGCCUGGGUCUUCAAUACCAGGCGACUCUUCCGUCACCACCUUGACAACCGUCAACGUAGACGCUGGCAAUACUUACAACCCUAUAAUCUAUCGACCACCAGCAACUGCAGAUCCAGUCGUCAGCGCCAAUAUCGCCGCCGCUUCGGAGCAGCCUCCAAGCCCUGGAGGCCUGGACAGAAGCGAAGACUCCUCGACGCCCCAUGCCUCGCCCUACAACCCGCUGGGUCCCGUUCAUGGCUCGACACCUCCCAGCACCCCUUCUAGUACAAGAGUCUACACACCACCGAAGUGUAAUGUUCCUCAAGCCACUGGCACAGUGCUUGCUUCUAUUACUGCAACAGCUGCAGCGGCGGUUCCCUUUCCUGUCAUCCGUGCGCCGAGCCCGACCUCUGCGCAAAGGUACAACCCAAUUACUCCACCGGCAGGUGUAACGUCUCCCUCCUGGCAACUCGGGCAAACGAAUCAGGCGGUGGCUCUAGCCACCACUUCCUCCACGGCAGCCGUUGCAAAUGACAGCACCGUUAUUACCACCAUCACAACAGCAGUGUUUGACAACAGUGCUAAUGGCAACGCGACAACUGCAGGCCUGACAACGUCCAAGUCAGUACCAGGCCUUCAGCCUUACAAUCCACUCCAUCCCAGCAACCAAGUUGACAGCGCAGCUUUACGCCGGUCUAGUAACGACGGCUUUUCACAGCAACAGCCAUCUGCCUACAACCCGCUGCAACAGCAGCCGCCAGCGGGAAUCAUUGUGCCAAUUGUUCAUCCUACGCUUACGCACACCAAAUCAGCGGUAACCCUGGUCCACCCGCCCAGUCGCGGUCACAACGCUGGUACUUUCCCCGGCUGCGUUAGCUCCGAGGUCAACGGAGGAAAAGAGACCGCACGUGCGUCGUCGUCUUCAGGAAUGUCUCUGGCUGGCGGCCCUUUGGCUGUACUGUCAGCAUUCAACAGCACCGCACAGCAUCAGCCGCAAUCCCAGCCGCAGCCGCAGCCUCAGCCGCAGCCGGAAUCAAGUGUUCUCCCAGCCUACAACCCUUUCCCUCCCAGACCAUCACCGCCAACCAAGGUCCCUGCCGUGACUGCACUCCCCCCCUUGCCUGCCAUCAAUACGAUCGGGCUGGCUUCACCUCCGCCUCUAUUCCCCGCUGCUCCGGCGCUGCCGGCUCCGCUGCCGAGACCGUCCUUAUCGCCAAGUGUGGCGUCACUGUUGCCGGCGGCCGCAGCCCCCGGGGUUGCGUCGGCAGCAGCAUUGUCGCAGGCGCCAGCGCCGCUGCGGCGGGCGGCCGUACAGGCCCCAGAGGACGCGCCCGCUGUACCUGCCGCCGAGGCGACUCCGCAGCCUCCGACACAGACGGCGCCUGCUUCCGUACUGAGCCACGAUGACGCCACGCAACGCGAGCACGCUCAGGCACUACAUGAGCUGGUUGGCGGAGAGUUUGAUGUCGCGAUGUGCCGAGACGUGCUGGCCCAGAUGGACGGUAACUUGGAGCGGGCGGCCGAGUUCAUUCUCGAUGUGGGCAAUGGCAGCAGCGGCUUCAUGCAGACUAACGCAGCAGCAGCGGCGGUACCUGACUGGCAGCAUAACAACGCGUCUUCUGGUGCCGGCUCAGCAUGGGACGUUCCCGAAGGUGCGCGAGCCGGAGUCCAGGGUGAGGCGUACGGCACCUGGGAAACGAGCAGCACCAGCGACCCGUGGGCCACCUCUGCCGCAGCGCACGGUGGCGAUGGUGCCGCUGCUGCGGAGCUUGCAACUUGCGGUAGCGGCGGCGUCGCAGCUGGGGCUGUAGAGGCGGGAGGGAUCUUUGCCCCGGAGCCGGCCGCAGGGUUUGGAGCCUUCGAGGCGAAUGCAGCAGCCAUCAGUCGGGCGGGUAGCAUGCUGGGCUCCCCUCAAAAGCGCCACGCGUCACAAACGAGCAUCGGCCAUGCCGACGACGCCUGGUUGCAAGCGGAGGGCGACCUGGAGGACGAGGGCUCCGAGGACCCGCUGGAGGAACUGCGCAUCUACUUCCCCACCGUCGAUGACGCCACGCUGCAAGCCACUCUGGAGGCGCUGAACGGCAACGUCAAAGAGGCGCUCCAGCUACUCAGCGAGCUGAAGGAAGAGGACAUCUACCGCGAGAUUGAGAUGAAGCGUCAGGCCGAGCUGGAUCUGGAGCUUGCGAAGAAGCUGGCGGAGCAGCACUGCGCUAGUCCGGCGGGCGCUGCCGGUGUCUGCCAGGACGACGACGGCUUGGACUUGUUGGUUGACGCCGCGACGCGCCGCCAGCAGCAGCAGCAGCAGCAGCUGGUCCAAGGCGGGCAGCGCAAGCUGCGGUUCGAGGACGACCUGGGCGACCUCACGGAGCUGGAGAGGCAGCAUUUGCUGCAGGCGGAGAUUGCCGCCAACUUUGAGCAAAGCCAGUCCGCGCGCCAGGAAGGCCAGCGGACGGGUCGAGAGCGUUGGAGCCUCAAGCUGCUCGUGCGCAUCUUUGGUCCCGACGUUGACGAGGAGCUGCUGGCGGAGGUCCUCGCCACACACGAGGGCAACGUCGAGGCGGCCCGCGCUGCACUGCGCGCCUUUGGCCUGACGGAGCAGCACCCCCCGCCCGAGCCCACCAGCGCCCACCAGGCCGACCCGCCCAGCGGGAGCGGCGCCGUCUCGUCCGCCUGGGCAGCAAACGACUGCUGGGCCUGGGACGAGGGCUCCUCCGCGGCUGCCGAGUCCCAGUCUUCGCUGAUCAGCCGUCGCACGCAGUCCGCGACUGGGCUGAUGGCUACUGCUGCUGCCUCGGGCUCUGGCAGCGGCGGCGGCGCGACGGGCCAGCUGCACCGGCGGUCCGGCACGGGUGCGGGGCAGCUGGCGGGCACGGGUGGCGGCCCGCCAAGACACGCAACGUCCUUCGACGAGCACAGGCAGUCCACUGUGGCCGGCUCCAGUACCGCCGUGGCUCCGACCGGCGGCAGCGGCAGCGGCAACCCCCUGGGCCCCAUCCGCCUGCUGGCCUCCAUCGGGAUCAACUUCCAGGACAUGAACCUCUCGGACGAGGCGCUGCAGUGCAUUCGUGUCGCGUUUGAGAGCUCGCCUCUGGCACAGCUCCUGCGUGCGGACAAUGCGGCACAGGGUCUCCUGGAUCGGCAGCGCUGCCGAGCGGGCAGCCUCACCCACGAGGAGAAGCAGGCGCUUUGGGCCAACCACCGGGAGGUGCCGCUGGCGCUCAAGGAGAUGCGCGAGCUGCUGCGCCGGGGCGCCAAGGCAGCCUACACCUCCGCGGGACACGGCAGCAAGCGCCUGGCCCGGGAGCUGAAGGAGGCGGGCAACGCGCUGGACCUGGUCAUCCGCGAGCAGCACCGCAAGGCCUCAGACCGCAUCUACGCCAACAUCAACGCGGCGCUGCAGCAGCAGUGGAAGACCGACCUGCACGCGCUGCUGCCGCACGAGGCGCUGGAGAAGCUGGACGAGCAGCUGCACAAGCUGCGCAUCAUGGGCGGCAACGUGGACUGGCUGAUCAUCACGGGUAAGGGCCUGCACAGCCGCGGAGACGGCCCCAAGAUACCCGCCAUGGUGGACGAGUGGCUGGCGCGCCGCGGGCUGGAGCGCGUGCAGCAGCCGGGCGCCGUGCUGGUGCGGCUGACGCCCGAGGUGUUUGAGGGCUUGGACGCGCAGCAGGCCGGGCCCAGUUCCGCUGCUAUGGGGUUUGCUUCUGGGUCAGGGUUGGGUGUGCGGAUGGGCCCAGGUUUUAUGGAACAGGGUUUGGAUACGCUCGGUGUGUAACAUGCGAAGUUGAUUGUGUUUCAGGGUUUUUAUCUGGAAGUUAUUUAAGGCGCUAGGAGGGCUUUGUAAUGGGGUUGCCAAACGCAGGAUGCGGAAGGAGCAAUGGAAAGGUGCGUCCGGGGGUUAGGGUUUUGGAUUGGUCAACAUUUUUGUUAUUAGAAUGUCUUGUAUGUUGUUUUCAGGUCAUUAUACCGGUGGGUUUGGUACCUUUUUUCAUGUACCUUUGGUCCGUGUUAGCUCAGGUGCAGUAGGCGAGUCUGGGUGUCAGGAAGUUGCUGGCAGCGGCAUCAUAAGCGUACGACCUGUAGCUAUGUUUACACAGGUUCCGCGAUACACAUGCACCACGCUGCCAAUGCGGCAGUGCCAAAACAAGGGUGCAAGGUCCGUUUGUCGCGUUUUACUCCGAGACAGUGCAGAGCCAAUCAGUACUCACAUACACGUUCCUUUGAGAGGUGCUUGACCCCACAUACUUAAGUUGCCC